CCAUCCUUUCAACUCUCAGAAAAUUCCCUUCUUCUCUUCAGUUUCUCUUAUUCUCUGCAUCAUUUAUUUUUCUGCUGCAACACAUUUUCCAUACACCAAAACAUCAACCUCCAUACUACUUUCUUACAUACACACAUUCAAGCUGAAAGAAUAUGGGAAGGCCACCAUGCUGUGAGAAGACAGGCCUCAAGAAAGGACCAUGGACACCAGAAGAAGACCAAAAGCUCAUUGCUUUCAUUGAAAACAAUGGCCAUGGAAGCUGGCGUGCUUUGCCUGCAAAAGCUGGGCUUAGAAGAUGUGGAAAGAGUUGCAGACUUAGGUGGACUAAUUAUCUGAGACCUGAUAUAAAAAGAGGAAAGUUCAGCUUGCAGGAAGAGCAAACCAUUAUUCAACUUCAUGCUCUUCUGGGAAACAGAUGGUCAGCCAUAGCAUCUCACUUGCCGAAGAGAACAGACAAUGAGAUAAAGAACUAUUGGAACACCCACCUCAAGAAAAGGCUCGAAAAAAUGGGCAUCGACCCUACCACCCACAAGCCAAAAAUGGAGUCUCUAAUCCAUUUCAAAGACGGUUCAAACCUCAGCCACAUGGCUCAGUGGGAGAGUGCUCGCCUCGAAGCUGAAGCCAGACUCGUACGAGAAUCCAAGCUGCAAGAACAAAACAACAUCGUAUUAACCUCUUCCUCACAACCACCACAACAACCUAGACUCAUUCUCAACAAAAUCACACCCCAACCCUCACUACCACCGUGCCUCGACGUCCUCAAAGCAUGGCAAAGUUCAUGCUCACAAAAUAAAAACAACAAUGACAAGAAGAAAACCAUGCAUGUGCAUAGCAUGUAUGCGAUGAUGCUUGCCACUGAUGACCUUGAAUCCCCAACAUCCACUUUGUGUUUCCCUCAGAGUAUGGUGUCGACCAACCAAAUUGGGUUAAUGAAUAAUGAGAACUAUUUACUCCCUCCAGAGGUAGCGACGGUGAAGGAAGAUGGUUGUUGUGGCGGUGAUGGUGACAGCAGUGAGUCGUCGUGGAGGUACUUCACCAAACACAGCACUGAUCGUGAUGAAGAAGUGAUGCCAUGUUUGCAAGAUGAUGACAUAAUGGUGGCUGUUGAUGCAUUAAGAGGUGGUGGGUAUUACGGUAAUAAUGAUGUGGUGGCAAUGGCAUUUACACCUCUCUCUAGCAAUGUCAAUAUGGCUGUUGGUUUCAGUAACGAGGUUCAGGAUUUCGAUUCCAACCAAGAUUUAGCAACGGAGAACUUGGAAGUGCACUUCGAGGAGAAUAAGGAUUAUUGGAAUAGCAUGCUUGGUUAUAAGUGAAUUAGGUAUCUAGGAUCCUAUGUCAAAAUACUAGUAUUGUGUGUUGUUUCAUUCACUUUUUUUUAUAAGUACUCACUCCUAUCUUUUCUCAUUCUUCACAUCUUUUUUAUUAUUUAUUUAGUUAUUUUACC